AUGACCACUUCCAACCCUGGAGCGAAUAGCUCCCUUGCCUCCAUGAUGGAGGACCCGUUCGUUUCAAAUGCGGGACAACAUGCCGCCCCUCGUGAAUCCCAUCGGUACUCGUCCUUUGAUACACAGCUCUUCAGCCUCAAUGCCUCUUCUCCUGCCCAGGCUAAGCGAGCCCUCGAAGCUCAUCUCGCGGAAACCGAACGUCGACUUGAAGAAGCAUCCAAAUUAGGCACGGCCCUCAUCGACCAACAGCGAGAACUAUCCGAGCAGCUAAAGGAGGUCGAACAACAGCAGGACGAGGGCGAGAUGGGCCCGGAGCUGCGAAAGAGACUUGCUGACCUGGAGCAUGAAUAUAAUGAGAUCGGCCGGGAAUCGGCGCGCGCAUUUCUAGGCCCAAAACGGCUGGCUGGAGGCUCCGAGGAUGCCCAUUCGGGUACCCCGUCGUUUGACCAAAAGUCACCUAUCAGCCCCGCUCUUUUCGCCGGACAGGCGACAAACUCUCCCAGCAAAGUCAGUGUUCCAUCUCGCAAGCAACGCAACCAGCCGUCAAACCGCGUACACGACAUCGAAUUCGCGACCGAGAUAUCCACCUCUCUACUCGCCCAGGUCCGCCAAUUACAGGCGCUCUUAGCUGAGCGCGAGGAAUCCCUCAAGUCUGUCAACCUCGAGAAGUCACGUUUGGAGCUUGAAGCGGAAGGCUAUGCCCAACGCAUACGGGCCCUCGACGACAGCGAGCAGCGCUACAAAGAUGAAAACUGGGCCCUGGAGACUCAAACUCAUGAGCUGAUGGCGGCUGUUCGAGAUGCAACAGAACGUGAGCAGAAGCUUAAUAGCAGCCUUGACACCUCAAGCGCAGAAAAGAAUGCCGUCGAACGUGAAUUGGAGGAGCUCCGACAGACCAAUGCGAAGCUGUUAGAGGACCAGGCAAUUACUCAGAAGUCGAAUGAUACCGAAGUUCACCUCUUGCGUCGGAAUCUGAAUGCUGGUGAUCUGGAGAAAUCUGCCCUUCAGAAGAAGCUGGAAGAGCUCACCUCGCAGAACCAAGAGUUGGCCAAGGCAGUUGCAAUGCGUAUUCGCCAACAUGAAUCACAGGGUGGUCGAGACCUUCCGGAUGACAUGAAUGGUGACGAGCCCGAACAAACCACCCCAGACAAUUCUCCCCCUCCGUCGCCAAACAAGUUUACACCUCGACACGGUCACCUGGAAUCUGAAACUCUCAAGAGCUCCCUCGGACACGCUCAUCGGAUGAUUCAGAAUCUUAAGAGCACCAUUCACCGAGAGAAGACAGAGAAGAUUGAGCUCAAACGCAUGUUGCAAGAUGCCCGAGAUGAGGUUGAGCAGCGCCGUCGUGAAAGCGCCGCGCCUAAUGGAACCAAGAAACCUCUGAAGAAGAAGGAUGACUCUUUCCGGAAACCUGCACGACCUGACCUUUUGGGCGCAGGUCGCAAGGAAACGUCCAGGGUUGAACUUCACGACACUGACUGGGAAGAUAACGCCGGCCAGAUCAGUCCAUCUCGUCCAGUAGCAAUGAAUAGCGCCACUAGAAGCCGUUCUGGUGCGCAUUCUCCCGACGAAGCCAGUGAUGUCUACCAGACUGCUACUGAAGCUGAAGAUGGAUUUGAGACCGCAAAUGAGCGUGCGACCGCAACCGAGAGCGAGGCUUUCCAAACCGGCGUGGAAAGUAUGGCAGACGAUAGUAGCGACUCUGCGGACCUCACCGAAACCGAGAACAAUGUGCAAACUACUCCCCGUAACCGCGUUGCCUCGUCUUUGGUGAUGGCUAAAGCCCGUGAUCGAAGCUCCUACCACAGCUCGGCCUCUACAUCAGACGACGAUGAGACCGACAGUGGAUUCCCUUCCCCCAGCCAAACGCAUAUCUCUCGGCCGCGUGUUAGGUCUAAGCGAAGUGUGCUUAGACGGAUUCGCCCAUCUGGGGAGGCUCCCAUGGCUUCCAGCAGCCGUCCAUCCAGUGCUCGCAACUCUCCUGCGCCCAGCUUUGAACAACAACCAAUGGCUGGAGAGGGUCAGAGCCUGUUUGCAGAGCUGGCAGAGCUUGAAGGUGGCGAGGAGGAGGAGGAGGAUGAAGGAGCCUUAUCGCAGGCCUCGACACCACGCAUGCAAGCUGCCACCCCUGGCUCCCGCAGACCUUCUGAAAUUACUCUUAGCGAUCUUCCCAAGCCUAUCAUGGUAGACAGCGGUAUGAUGACUGAGCCCUGGGAGCCGCAAACCCCCAAGGCUGCCCAUGUCCCUGUCCCUGUCCCUGUCAUCGGAGAGGCCACUCCGACGGAUUCUCCGGCUACUCCGCAGAGAAACCAGACCUUGGAUCGUGAAAUCGAAUCUGAAGCGGAGGAGACCCCUAAGCUGGUCAGCUCAGGCACCCAGUGGACACCGCUGAAAGGACCUAUCAUCGAUAAUGAUCACCUUUCUAAUGUUCCAACGCCACCAAAGAUGGCCUGGGAUGAGAGUUCUGAGUCCCAGCGAGUGGAGGCUGGCACCCAGGCCGAACUACCAGAGCUCAAUGUCGCAGCUAUCUCUUCACAGGAGACGGUGCCUGCUCUCCCCAGCUGGCCCAAGUUGGAAGUUACCUACCUUCACGGAGACGAGACUGUGCCCGUGAAACAUGAGGUUCCCGAGCCCGAGAUUCCGGAAUUUAAUGUAUCCUCGAUUUCAUCCCAAACCACCAAGCCUGUCCUAGCUACCGUGCCUGAGCCCGAGCCAAUGAUUGUGGAACCAGUGAAAGAGUUGCCCGAGAUCUCUUUAUCCUCUCUCUUCACCUACUCCACCGAGCCUAUUCAGGCACGCCUUCCCGAGCCAGAGCCAGUGCUGGAAGUUCCUGAGGUUGUUCUACCUGAGUUCGGGCUUGCCACUCUCUCCACUCAGCACACUCAACCCGUGGAGCCUCAACAGCCCGAGCCAGCUCCCGUGCCAGAACCCAUCAUCAUUCCUGCGCCCAUGCCCGAGCCAGUCAUCCCAGACUUGAACAUCUCUAUGCUGGAUGCCACCUCUACGGAGCCGAUUGCGCCCAGGUUGAUCGAGAUUCCGGUCCCAGAACCCGUUCCCGAGCCAGUCAUCCCAGAGUUAAGCAUCUCUUGGCUGAACCCUUCCUCGACGGAGCCGAUUGCGCCCAGGUUGAUCGAGAUUCCAGUCCCAGAACCCGUUCCCGAGCCAGUCAUCCCAGACUUGAACAUCUCUAUGCUGGAUGCCACCUCUACGGAGCCGAUUGCGCCCAGGUUGAUCGAGAUUCCGGUCCCAGAACCCGUUCCCGAGCCAGUCAUCCCAGAGUUAAGCAUCUCUUGGCUGAACCCUGCCUCGACGGAGCCAGUUGUACCUACGCCAAUUACGAUUCCCGCACUCCCAACUCCAUCGGUGUCUACUUUAAGCUCAGUCGAAACCCAGCCCGUCAAGUCUGUACCACCAGUCGCUCCUCUGAUGGCAGAAUUGGGUAUCCAGACAGAACCCAUGGAGGAGUCAAAGGCAGCGGCGAUGGCUCUGCCUGUUCCUGUGACUACUAAUGAAGAUGCUACUGAGUCUACCCGCGAACGUGAUAGCACCAGUGCAAAGGAUCGACCCACAAGCAUUGGCCUGGCUCUGAGCGACAUUUCUGGCAAUGCCUUGCCCCAGUCUGCUACAGAAACACCGGGCUCUGUGAGCAUGGAUCAAGGCUCGCAGACCAUCCUGUCUUCGCAGCAGAUUGAUCAGAUCCUCAUUGAACGAGAGGCUCCGCGUCCAAUUUCCUCCGCCGACAGCAAGUCAAGAAACAUGGCUGUUGUGGGGGCAGCAGCAGCAGCGGCUGCUACUGCUACUGCAGCAUCGCCUUUUGCCACUCCUAAGCUCCGACCUCGCCCUCAGGGGCAGUCAUCAGCUAGAUCCUUGACCCCCGGGCAACAACGACCUGACAGCGCUACUAGCCAGGCAUCGAAUCUUAGCGCCCACCCGCCAUUGCCUGCCGACCACCGCGAGGCCAUCUUGGCCGCCGAGAAGAAGUCAAUCGACAUGCCCCCUCCUGCAUCCCCAGGAGACCAAGUGCCCCGGCCAGGCUCAACGAGGACUGUUUCUACCCAAGCGCGAGUGAGGAGAAGCAGCCAAAGCCAACUGUCAAGGAGGUCUUCCGUUUCCUCGUUUGCAUCGGAGCUGGAGGAGCGGUUCAAUAUGAGCAACCCUCACGCUGGUCCUAUGCCCCAUGGAUAUGGUCCCAACACAGAUCCCCGCAUGAUCCAAGCAAUCACACAGACCAUGAUUGGUGAAUUUUUGUGGAAGUACACUCGGAAGACCGGAUCAGGAAACAUGUCGUCAACACGUCAUCGACGCUACUUCUGGGUUCACCCUUAUACGCGUACUUUGUACUGGAGUGAGCAGGAUCCUCAAACGGCUGGAAAGAGCGAACUUCGAACAAAGAGCGUUCCUAUUGAGGCUGUGAAGGUUCUCGCGGACGACAACCCAUAUCCUCCUGGUCUACACUGUAGAAGCCUGGAGGUUGUCAGUCCCGGCCGUCGUGUGCGAUUCACUGCUACCACGAGCCAAAGACACGAGACUUGGUUCAAUGCUCUGUCAUAUCUCCUUUUGCGAGAGUCGAACGAUAACUGCAACGACAGUGAGAACAAUGUGACUUUGGAUGAUAUUGAUGAAUUCAACCCCGGUUUCCGCUCGGCUUCUCGCCAGACAGGUCGGCUGUCUCUUGCGUCACAUAACAGCCGUCGCCCAGCACCGAAACAGCGGGCAGCCUCUGCGAUGUCCAUGCGGUCUACUGGAACCCAUGGACGCGCGUCUCCCGCAUUCAGUUCCCCGGGCGUCAAUGCCUCGUUACAGGUGCCCGAGGAAGGACAACAACGAUCCUCAUCUCGCCUCAGCACAAUCCUUACUGGCUCGAUUCGAGGCUCAAUUGCUAGCCUGAAGGGACGCCAUGGUCAAGCCGAUAGUGUUCAUAAUGGAAGUCUUCGCGGCCAGGACAGUGUGGAAAACUUUGGCCACGAGGCUGAAGAUGAUGAGAGACUCGAAAACGUCCGCGCGUGCUGCGAUGGAAAACACGACGUUGGCUCCCUCUCUCGCACCAGUCGGUUCAGUCCAAGGGUCGAUCGCCAACACUCCCACCACCACUGA